GGGCGCCGCCCCCUCGGCUGUGCGCAAAUUGCCGGGCCUUGGCUGCGGCCGCCGGCGCCCUCCUCCCCCGCGCGCGGUGGUACGCUCCAGCCCGCCUGGCCCCGCUGCAGUGGAUGUUGCUAGAACCCACGCGGAGGAAGGAAGAGACGCAGGCAGGCUGCGGUGACCCAAGCGGCCGCCCCUGCCUCAGGGACCCCUUCCCCGCGAGACGACACCAUGACCCAGGGAAAGCUCUCCGUGGCUAACAAGGCCCCCGGGACUGAGGGGCAGCAGCAGGCGAAUGGUGAGAAGAAAGAGUCCCCGGCAGUGCCCUCGGCCCCGCCCUCCUAUGAGGAGGCCACCUCUGGGGAAGGGGUGAAGGCAGGGCCCUUCCCGCCGGCCCCCCCUGCUGUGCCGCUCCACCCCAGCUGGGCCUAUGUGGACCCUGGUAACUAUGAGAGCCGUUUCUCCGGAGACCAUGAGCUCUUCACCACCUUCAGCUGGGAAGACCAGAGGGUUCGCCGGGUUUUCGUCAGAAAGGUUUAUACCAUCCUGCUGCUGCAGCUGCUGGUGACCUUUGGCGUCGUGGCCCUCUUCACCUUCUGUGAUCCUGUGAAGGACUAUGUCCAGGCCAACCCAGGCUGGUACUGGGCAUCCUAUGCUGUGUUCUUCGUCACCUACAUGACCCUGGCCUGCUGCUCUGGACCCAGGAGGCACUUCCCAUGGAACCUCAUUCUCCUGACCAUCUUCACCCUGUCUAUGGCGUACCUCACGGGGAUGCUGUCCAGUUACUACAACACCAAGUCUGUGCUGCUGUGUCUGGGCAUCACGGCCCUCGUCUGCCUCUCCGUCACCCUCUUCAGCUUCCAGACCAAGUUCGACUUCACCUCGUGCCAGGGCGUGCUCUUCGUGCUGCUUAUGACGCUCUUCUUCAGCGGCCUCGUCCUGGCCAUCCUCCUGCCCUUCCAAUACGUACCCUGGCUCCACGCAGUGUAUGCCGUGCUGGGAGCAAUCGUGUUCACGCUGUUCCUGGCAUUCGACACCCAGUUGCUGAUGGGGAACCGGCGCCACUCGCUGAGCCCCGAGGAGCACAUUUUCGGAGCCCUCAACAUUUACCUGGACAUCAUCUACAUCUUCACCUUCUUCCUGCAGCUGUUCGGCACCAACCGGGACUGAGGCGCCCACCCCCAGCCCCUCCUUCCUUCUGUGAAUGCCCCUCACUGGCUUGUGACCCCCCCACCCC